CGCCCCUUGUUAUUGUAGAUCUCGCUUCAUUGCAUUUUAAUAACAAACAAAUUCUUUAAUUUACCAAAAAUGAAGUUAAUUACAUACAAUUUCCUCACAUCAAAAUGUAUUAGAGGCGUAAAAGUAGGAUAUCCACUAAAAUUGAAUGUUGUUGAGAAGAAAGUUGAGCAACAAAAUUUUAAUCCAGAAUUCGUCCAAAGGAUGUUGCCGCGAUUAGAAUGGUCGGCAAUUAAAAGUGCAGCUGAUAUUGUGGGAUGUGCUGAAAUACCAGAGAACAUGAAUGUUGAGACAUCGCUACAUGACACAGAUUUCUUACAAAAGCUUCAUCAUUUACUGCUAGAAAUUGAAAUUGUCAAUGGAUCUUUAAUAUGUCCUGAAACUGGACGAGUAUUUCCAAUUACUAAUGGAAUUCCAAAUAUGCUGCUCAAUGAGGAUGAAGUUUAAGCUAAUGUUUUCUUACUUUAAGUAAUUUUUUGACAAAUAUUCAAUUAAAUAAAGUUAAUUACUUUCUAAUCAUUAA